AUAAAACACAUAAUUUUCCUCCUUCAUCUACAACAAAGUGAAUCCUACAAAACAUAUCUUUUCAUCUCAGCCAAAACAAAAGAAAACAAAAGGAAAAAAGAAACUCAAACCCCGAUGAACUGCGGAUCUAGCGUAGCAGGUCAACAACAAAAACCCGUCUCCCAAGCUGUAUAAAAGCAACCCGCAAACUUGCCCCCUCAAAAUUAACAACCCCAUCCCCAAGAAAUUAAACCUCACCAAACCCCUCCCAUGUCCGACCACCACAUCGCCGGCGACCACCACUCGUCUCCGGCGACCACCGCCCUCGGCACCCUGCUGCUCCUGCCGUCAGAGCUCCUCCACGAGAUCCUCAUCCGUCUCGCGCUCCCGGAGCUGCUCCGCGUCCGCUCCGUCGCCCGGCCCCUGUCCCACCUCAUCUCCUCCCCGGACUUCCGCCGCUUCUACCACCUCGCCUCCGUCUCGUCCGGCCCCGCCCCGGCGGCCGCGUGGCUCCUCGUCUUCAAGAAGCUCCCGCCCCGCGGCGCCGCGCUGCGGGGCUUCCACGGGCCCUCCGGCCGCUGGUUCCGCAUCCCCGUGUCCGACAUCAUCUCCCCCGCCGUGCCCCCAGGGGAGGACCUCUACUUCCUCGCCGCCUCCGGGAGCUCCUUCCUCUUCGCCGCCAACGGCCGCCGCGAGCUCGUCGUGGUUGACCUGUCGGCCCAAUCCGCCCGACGCCUCCCGCCGUCCCCGCUCGGCCCACGCGGCACCUCCUCCUGGCGUCGCUUCGGCAUCAAGCUCGUGGCCGAUCCCCCCGGACCGAACCGGUUUAGGUUUCUGUUCGCGGAGCUGGUGAACAACACGCCCUUCCUCUUCGAGUACACGUCUGACACCGACACGUGGCAAUCAUCGGAGGCGGUGCUGGCAGAUGGGCCCACCGCGCCGGCGGGUCCCGACGCCACGUACCUGUGCGCCGCCCACGCCGGGCCGGACUGCGUGAUGGUGUACUCCGGCCCAGGCUUGGGUCACCGUGGGGCGGUCUUCUUCCGGCCGCGGUUCCCGCAGAACCCGAACGGCGCGGCGGGCAACGGCGCCGAGCGGCUCCACGUGUACGGCGACGGGAGCGCCGUGGUGGUCCGGUCGACGGUGGUGGACGAGCCGAGCAGGACGCGGGUGAAGGCGGUGGCCGGCGUGGACCUGUACGGGUUCGGCCCGGAGGCGGCGGCGGGGGGCGACUGGCAGCUGAUCUCCACCGUGCCGGGCGAGCUGGUCGAAGGGUUCAGGAAGCCGUACGCCGUGAUGACGGGGCUGCUGGCGGAGCGGGAGGGCGUGAUCCGGCUGGUGCUCAUCUCCAACUGCAGGGGCGCGUGGGACGUGGUGUGGCUGUCCUACGACCGCGGGCGCGGCGAGUGGCGCUGGGUGCCCGUGCCGGACUGGGGCGGCACCAAGGGGCUCAACAUGGCCGGCAUCGCCGUCUCCUCCACCUUCUCCCGCCUCUGGCCACCGGCGCCGACCAUCUGCCACUGAUCCAACCGGCGCUUUACAGGGGAAAUCCGGAGUGGGCGAUUGAUUGUCGUUCGUGGCAACGGAGGCCCCUGCACAAUCGUCCAAACGGCGCCUCUGUUUCUGUGGGCCGUCGCAUAGUGUGUGACAUGAUCCUCCGCGAUAGCUUCGCCGAUGCGGACAGGUGAUGGCGUCAGUGUGUUUGAUAAGGAGUCCUGUGUGUGUACGUUUCUCUCACGGUAGUAACUAAGUGGUAUAAUACGUAGUGCUACUGCCCAUUGUUCAAACUCGUGGCUAAGUAAAACUUGUGCACCUCUUCGUGUCCUCGUUGCUCGACGAAUGCACGUCUGGUAUUUCUGUAGGAGCAUACGUGAAGUUUUGUGUGGGGCGAAUUAUACUGGGAGAAACAGCUACGGCAUGUACGGAAGAAGAAGAAUGCUUGCAUUACCCCCUCAACGUCAUUCUCGUGUCAGAAGGGGGAGUUUCUGGACUGUUCGACGGUUA